CACUGUUUAUUGAGAGCAUGAAAUUAAAUUUAAAGACACUUUAGGAACAAAUUUUUCCACGCGUCACGAAAAUAGCUACGUAUUGAUUUUGUCACGUUUACUUCUAAGAGGUAUUUACUAAAUUUUUAUGUCAAAGUUAGUGAAAAAUUGUUAAAUUAAAUUGAUUGUUUCUGUUUCGCUCGGGCAAUAUUUAUUACUGUAUAAGUUAAUAUAUAAAAAGUUGUGUAAAGCGUUGCAAUACGUGGAUAAAAGUGCAGAAAAUAAAUUUUCCAUUUCGGUAACAUUUGUCAAGCUACAUAUUACGAUAGUCGAAUAAAAGAUAAUGUCACAGUAAUUUAGAUAAAGUGGUUGUAAUUUGAGAAAAUUUGACAAUUGGUGAACAAAUGUUAAAUAAAUUGUAAAUAUAGAAACGCAAAAGAAAGUUUAAAAUGCAUGUAAAAGUAAAUGGAUUACAUGUACUGUUGCUUUUAUUUGUAUUCCAAAGAGAAGAAUCGAAAGCUAUUACGUGUUAUCAAUGCAACAGUAAAAGGGAUCCAGAUUGCACUAUUAAUACGGCGGAUAUAAGAUAUUUGAAGCCAUGCUCCUCGUCACAAGCAUUUUGUCGUAAAGCUGUGUACAUAUAUUAUUUUAUGAAUUCUCACGAGUACAUAAUAAUACGCGAGUGUGCAAAAUGGGGAAGUGCUGACAACGAAUGUUAUAGAGGUCGUUAUCCACGCGAUAGUUACCAAUUUGUAUGCGAAUGUAAGAGUACAGGAUGCAAUCGAUCUACGACAUUCUCAUCCAUGACGACCAUAGUUCUGUAUGUUUUGUGUCAAUUUAUAGUUUUUCUCGUUAGAGGUCCUACCUGACACGAACACAUCGUUGGAAGAGAGAUAUUUCAUUUCAAUGAUGUCGUCACGAUGAAAGUUACUCAAUCUCGCGAAUAGAGUCUGGAAAAAAUGGCA